UUUCUUCAGUUUAGCAUCGUGUCGCGUUUGCUUCAUAAAUUUAACUGAAAUAUUUCAGUUUCGGAUGGUGAUAAGUUUUCAAACAUUCAGAUCGAUUGGCCGCGCAUUUGUUGCGGUGAAGUGCUGAGGUGACGAAUCCGGAUUUAGUGACCGAAAAUGCAAGAGCAACAGCCCGAUGUAAAUAAAGACAGAAAACGUAAGCAUCUCGCGAAACAAAACACACCCGUGCCUGUUAGUGGUGGUGGCGGUAGCAGCAGCAGUGCUGGCGCCGGUAAGUUAAAGCGGAAAGACCAACAUCCGGUUCGGAAGGAGUUUGUUCAGACCAGUGAAACGCAGUACAAGUGCAUCCACUGCGAGUGGACUACAGUUUUGAAUGCAACCCGGAUGGUGAAGCACAUCGUCGACCAGUGCCAGCAUGCACCGGCAUUGGUACGGGAUGAAAUUGCCGCCAUUCAACAUGCCACGAUCGAGAAGGAACGAAAUUCGUCGUUCGUCGUGGAGAAUAAGAAAGACAUUCACGGGUUGUUCCAGGUGAGGGACAACAAGAGGGCUUGUAUGUUUUGUCAGUGGACAACGGUAAGGAAUUUGACCCGGAUGAGGAACCAUAUCUUGUCACAGUGCACCGAGAUUCCAGUGAAGCUGAAGGCUUUGUUCAUCAAGAAGGAGGACUACGCCGAGGAAGCUUCGGCAGAAGAUUCAACUGAGGUAGUUCAACAGGACAAUAGUGAGUCCUACCAGGUGUAUACCUUGGAAGAUGGUCGAUGGGAUGAAAGUGGAAUAGAGCCGAUGGAUUAUGACUGCGAAGAUGUGGAGGAACCACAGCUUGAUGACAACUAUCUGGAGGUUCAGGAACUUGAGGAACGUAAUUGCAGCUACUGCGGUAAGUCGCUUACUUACAACAGCUGCGAGGUAGAAACUGAGAGUGAAAUUUUUUGCUCCGAUCAAUGCUUGAAGCGUCAGGAAAAAACCAAUCAGCUAACAGACCAACUGGCCAGUUUAGAAAAGUCGAAACGAACCGCUGGAAGCAAACGAUCUAUGCACGAGGCACUCGAACCGGAAGACGAAAUUCCUACAAAACAAAUCAAGUUUGUUGUGGUGUCGAACAGCUCUUCACCGCAAAGCACUCGAAUGAAACAGGCCGUCCAUGCACGAAGGACUGAGGUCAGCAACAACACUUCGACAACGGUUGAAAUUGUUGACUAUACCGUUGAACAGGACGAUUCCUCAUCGGUUCCGGAAGAGGCACCGCCAUCGCCGAAGACACCAGUUCGCAUCAUUAAAAAAUCACCCACUAAAUCGGUUGCUUCACCUAAAAAAACUCCAACUCCGGUCAGAACAUCCCGACCAACGCCAACCGUGCAGUCGACACCAAGUGCAAAGGUAAGUGGCAUCUCCGAUGUGAGUAGUAAAUAA